AUGAGCUACUAUGAUAUAGAUGAUAUACUGGCAGACAGUCAGAAAUUGCCAUGCAAGUUUUCAAUUACCAUCCCAGGACUGGGCUAUUUGAAUGGUGAGCCUGGUUGCCCAAUAAAAGAGAACGUCAGACUUGAACUGCCCAUAUGGCUGGCUGAAAUCCUAGCCAUUUGCUCUAUAUCCAACUCCUCUGAUUACGAAGAAAAUGACGAGUAUAGAGAAACUACAUUCUUGAAACUUUUAGAGCCUGAAUUCUUUUCGCCCGUUUUCCUCAACUUUAUAAAGUCAGAUGCUUUGCGGCUCAACCUGAAUCCAUACAUGUUCUACUAUCGCAUAGUUACGAAAUGGUCUAACAUGUUCGGAGACGCGGAAUUGGUGGAGCUUAUAAGUAAGGCAUUGGUUGACAGAGCAAGUGAAUUAAACGAUUUAAGCUUCAAGUUGAAUGAUCAUUUUAGAGGUGGUAAUUUAGAAUUCAUGAAUAAUCUCGAUAGCUAUGAAAAACAGUUGUUCAAAAACAGCCAUAAAUCAUACAAAGAUCUGAAGAUCUGGUGGCUCAAGAAGCCAAAUUGA